UUUAUUUCAUAGACAAAAUGUGGAACUGUUUCAUGAUCUUGGGUGCAUACUGUGCUUUAUAUUGUGCAGCAGAAGCAACCAUUAAAUACAAGGAGGGAGAAAAUGUCCAUUAUGUUCCUAUGACAAUAAAGCCAUCAUCACAAACUCUGUUGGAAACUGACAUCAAAAUUCUAAAGGAUCAAAUCAGGUCACUUUUAAAGCAGAGAGAAAAUGACAGAGCUAAUAUUAAAGAACUUGAGAGAAGAACUAUUGAAAAUCGAGAUGCUUCCAUGAAAAAUCAAAAAGAGUUGGUUCAGUUGAAGGCUCAGGUGUCAGAGUUUCUACCCAGACUGACCACAAUGGAUGCUAAUAUCAAGAGUGUUAAGUUAGAGCUUACUAACCUGAACAACCUCCAAAAACAGAACAAGCUAAGUAUCAAAGAAUGCCAGGCUCAAAAGGAUAAUCUCAAAAGAUCAAUCAGAAAACUGGACAAAAAGUUCUCUCCCUUAAUCCGUAAAAUUACUGAAAAAUGUGGGGACUUGUCGACUAAGUUAGAUACAUUUAGGUAUGAGUAUCGAAAUACAACAGAGCAUUUUGUUAGAAGGCUGGCUAAAGCUGAGGUUAAAAUUGAAAGCAAAAAAUCACAACACAAAUCAGAUAUCUAUGCUACAAUGAAAGAGAAAUAUGGAAAAAGGAAGAAUUAUCCUGAUCUGGUGAACACCAAUGAAGUGGAGGGGUCAGGAGAUAUAGAGGGGGAGUUUAUAAAAGCAGGGGACCCUAGCAGUGCAGUGGUUGAGGGAAGUGGGGGAGGGGGUAACACACACUCCCCAUUGUAUCUCAAGGUCAAGGACUUUAUUACUGAAAUUUAUGACCGUGACCUUGAAAUCUCUAGUCUUCAUGAAAUGUUCUUUGAUAUGGAAGAUCAUCUGGAGAAAAUAGAAGAAAGGAUGAGAUCUAUACAGCUGGGAAACUUUAUGGAGAGAUUACAGAGUUCCCUGGUGAACUUCACACAAAAUGUGAUUACACUGGAGCAGUGGAAAAUAGCUAGCUCAGACAUUGUGAACUCUACCCAGUACAAUCAGCAGAAGAUUCAAGAAGUGACUAGGAUGAUACUGAAUAAUACUCAACACAUACAUGAACUUGAAUGGAAACUUACUAAUGCUCAGACAUUAUCAUACCAGCAGUUUAGUUUGCUUAGAAUGCAUGUUAUACAACUAAACAACACAGUGCAAGAUAUCAAGGAAGACUUAAUGAAACGUAAAAACAAAUAUCCCAGUCAUUCCACUAAUACUAAAGCCCAAGUAUCAUCUCCUCAGCUUAAAACUCUCUCUUCUCGGGUAGAAGACCUCGCCUUACAAAUUAUCUAUAAUGAAAACCGCAUCUCUAAGUUAGAAAUUGAAGCACUUAAUAAUUCUCUCUUUGAAUGUCGUAAGUUCAAUGCUGACAUCUAUCAGGACAGCAGACUCCUGUUUCUGGAGAAAUCGCAACAGCGUGUACGUGAAGAUUUAGUAAAAAUGCGGGAGAUCACCAGGAAACUAGAUCAGGGUUUAUACAAAGUCUACCUCAGCUCAAAGAACAAUACUCAACUCAUCUCAGCUAAUGGAGCUCAUCUCAACCAACUCAGGUACUUCUUACCUUUCAUCAUAGAGACUCACAAAGAAAUGAUCAACUUUAGACUUCAUCUACCAAAAGACUGUGAUGAGUAUUAUAGACAAGGCAGCAGACUCUCUGGAGAAUACAUUAUACACCCACUGUACGCCAACAUGUCAAUCAAAGUUCACUGCGACAUGGAGGAGGGAAUCGGAGGUUGGACUGUAAUACAGAACCGCUUCAAUGGCAGCGUCAACUUUGCCAAUGACUGGGACCUGUACCUUCGGGGAUUUGGUCGAGCUGAUGGUGAAUACUGGCUAGGAAACCAGCUUAUCUAUUACCUCACAACUCAAAAGAAAAACUCCCUAAAGAUAGAAAUGACUGAUAUCCAUGGCAAAUUAUGGGUGGCAAAUUAUGACACGUUUUCUAUCAUUGAUGAUGAGAAGUUCACCCUUUCUGUUGAUGGUUACCAUGGUAAUGCCACUGAUGGGCUGGGCUAUGCCAAUAGAAUGGGGUUUAGUGCGAUAGAUCGGGAUAAUGAUGGAGCAAGCUCUCACUGCGCUAUGUUUUAUAUGGCAGGGUGGUGGUUUAAACAUUGUCACUAUGGUAACCUUAACGGUAGAUAUGACCUUGGAAUGGUGUGGUAUAAUUUUGACUCAGAUGAAUGGAUACAGCUAAAAACAAGCAAGAUGAAAAUUAUACCUAGAAAUUAAGCUAAAAUUCCAAUACCUUAACUACCUCAAACAAUGAAAAAUCUUCAUUUAAUACAUAAUUAAUUUCCUGUACAAUUUGACAAUAAAUUUAAUAACAUAAUCAAG